CUCAGAAGGCAGCGGUGUUGGAGACAGGAAGCCGUGUGCAGAGCGCGGCCUCUUGUGGCUGCAGCGCCUUGAUUGAGUGACUCAGUAUUACACAUGGUCAUAGGAGUUGUGCAUGUGUUGAAGCGGGUCUGGAAGAGAUGGCGGUCAGUGCCGGAGAAUGGUGUCUGAUGGAAAGCGACCCUGGGGUGUUUACUGAGCUCAUCAAAGGCUUUGGCUGUCAAGGCGUUCAGGUAGAAGAAAUUUGGAGUUUAGAACAAGAACACUUUGAAGAUCUAGAGCCUGUACAAGGUUUAAUUUUCCUUUUUAAAUGGCAACAAGGGGAAGAGCCAUCUGGAUCCAUAGUGCAAGACUCCCGACUGGAAACAAUAUUUUUUGCGAAACAGGUAAUAAAUAAUGCAUGUGCCACACAAGCAAUUGUAAGCAUAUUGCUAAACACAACCCAUCCUGAUGUAAAUUUAGGAGAAACACUGUCUGAAUUUAAAGAAUUCACCCAAACUUUUGAUGCAGCUAUGAAGGGCUUGGCAUUAAGCAACUCUGAAGUAAUUCGCCAAGUACACAACAGCUUUGCAAGGCAACAAAUGUUUGAAUUUGAUGCAAAGUCUUCAGCUAAAGAUGAUGAUGCUUUUCACUUUGUCAGCUAUGUCCCUGUAAAUGGAAGAUUGUACGAGUUGGAUGGUUUGAGGGAUGGACCAAUCGACCUUGGUCCAUGCAAUCAGGAUGAAUGGAUCAACGUUGUUAGACCUGUGAUAGAGAAACGAAUGCAAAAGUAUUGUGAAGGGGAGAUACGAUUCAAUUUGAUGGCCAUUGUUUCAGACAGGAAGAAAAUAUAUGAAAAGAAAAUGUCUGAAUUGCAGGAACAGCUUUCAGAGAUUGAACCCAUGGAAACUGACCACAACAGUUUGGUAAACUCAAUUCAGUCUGAAAUAGCUAAAUACCAACUCCUGCUAGAAGAAGAACAACAGAAGACUAAAAGAUAUAAGAUUGAGAAUAUUAGAAGGAAGCACAACUAUCUUCCAUUCAUCAUGGAAUUGUUGAAAACAUUAGCAGAGCAUCAGCAGUUAAUACCACUCGUAGAAAAAGCCAAAGAAAAGCAAACAAGAAGACUACAAGAAACAAAAUGAUGAAUCUUGCUUGGCAAAUAUAGUGGAGAAAAGAAAUGUCAAUUCUACUGUACCUGUUGUGAUAGAACUUGGGGAAAAAUAGCCAAGACGUUUCCUGUAAUAUAUACACUUUGCUACAUUGUUAUUUCUUUUAUAUGUACAUUCUGUUUAAAUCCCACAUGCUGAUGCUUAUGGUUGAUUUUCCGAAUAAAUUAGAAUUAAAAAAAUAGAUCUGUAAUCAAAAUGGGAGACUUUAACAUAUCUGCAGUAAAGUCAAAGCAAGUUUGUUAAAUUCAAAUGUUGGAGUACAGGCUAAGCUAUUGUGUCUUUUUGAAUUAGUUGAUAAUGUGAGCACCACUUUGAAAUUAGGUUUUCUGUUUUACAUCUUAAAUUCUGAGAAAUGUAUUUUCAGUAAAAUGUUUCAUGACUAGA